AAAAAACUAGUGUGUUUUAAGUAGACAAAACAUAGACAUGUCAUUUUCAGUUUUCAUAAGUUAGACAUUUGCUUCAAGUAAAUUGAUAACAGAGGUGACAUGGUGGCACAGCAGGUGUCUGGUUGUACAUUUGGAGUUGGGUUUGGAUUUUGUUCUCCGGGCAGAGUUUGUCCGUUCUCCUCGUGUUCAUGUUGGUUUUUCUCCCACAUUGUAAAGAUAUGUGGAAGAAGGCCACUUCCUAUAAAUCACUUCCAUAUCCUGCAUAAACGGAGCUAAAUGUUCCUUUGUGCCUAGGGAUGCAUAACUCCUAGUAGAUGGAAGCAGUAGUUUUUAUUAACACUCAGAAUAUAAGCAUGCUCCGUUCAACCCUGGACUUCACAGAAAAAGUUUAAAAAAUGACAUAUGGGGCAGCCUCUUCUCAUAAAGAAUAAUACACAACUGAACUAAUACAGAACAUGUCAGCAAAAGCACAGUAACGAUUUUAUACUUGAGUAGAACUCAAUGCACAUCAGUCCCAUUUAUGAAAUGAACUGAUUUGGUGUGGAGUGAGGACUGCAAAUAUUUGACCGUCAGUUAAUUUAAUGGAUUUUUGUGUUAGUUUUGUGCUUGCAGCCUUCGUUCGAAGAAAUUGCGAUAACUGAAAUGAGCGUCUUUGUGUUUUACUAGCAGUCCGUUCACUGGUUCUGAGAAUGGUCCGGCCCACUCUGUACUACUGCUCGUGCACAUUUACCGUACUCUUCUUGCUAUCUGUCAUGUGCCUGGUCCAAGCACUGCUCUGCCCAAGGCUCGCGGAGGACAGCCUGUUCUGUACGGGCAAGAGAUUUGCUCCCAAAACUUGCGGAAAACCCAGAUCGUGCCGACCGCUCCUCUGAAGAGCACCGGUAGUGUAUUUGCGGUAUUGCUGCCUUUGUCCAGAGUGAUUUACAGUCACUUACGCUACACAGAGCUUUGAGGUUAUGGAGCCAGCUGCUCCUGUUUGACACUCAAUGGAACGCUGCAUGUAUGAAUGCAGUUUACCAUUGAAAUAGUGCCACCUCUCUUUUUUUCCCACUCUUUUUCUGGGCCCCGUUUUAAUCGGUUUCUCUCUUGAGUUUAAGGAAUACUGUGCCAUCCACUUGAACUGCUCACAUUCCUGGGCUGUACGCUGUUAGCCUUGCCCUUUCCCUGGAGAGCUGUAAAAGAGUUCCACAAGCUCUCAGUCAUUCGGGGAUGCAUAAAUAUAAUGAAAUUCAAUGCUUUCUGGGGUCUGGUUUUGGCUGCUACUCUAGGGAUUCCUCAGGGUAUUUAACUGUUGUUUUGUAAAUUGGAAGUUUACAGGUCCACGUUUGCAAGUUGUUAUAGCACAAUAAAAAAAAAAAAGUUGUGAAAAUGGGAAAAAUCAUUGUAAGUUCUUUUGGAGAAAACCAAGUUUAGCAGUGAUUUCAAGCACUGUUACCUGCUGUGCAAGUUAUGGUAUGACUGUGUUGCAGACUUUUUGUCUUUUUUCCACUUGAUGAUCAGACUUCCGUAUGUUACUUUCAAAACAAAAAAUAAUACUGCAGCUUUUAACUUUUUUUUUUUUUUCUUUUUCCAGUUACUUCUUUCUGUUUUUGCACCUGACUGCAGUUUCUGCUGAUUAAGAAUGGAGAGGCGUAGUAAAAAAAAAAAAAAAAAUGGCAAAAACAAACCCGGUUUCCAUGCGCUUGUUAAAUUUUGCCAGAAGAUUCUUUACAAAGGUGUGGUUGCGUUCUCUGGAAGAGCUCCAUGUACCUGAUCGGCAUAAUUCGCUGAGGGAAUACGCAGCCGACAUUCCCGCGGUGAACACGGAGUUUUGAACGGUGUUAUCGCUGAGGAAGUGCACUCCUCUCGAGUAAACACGGGCUCUUCUGGGAAUCUUUCGGAACAUGAUCUGCCUGUACUGUGGAUUCUGCUUUGGACGAUUGUUAAACUGAUGGCAGAGAAUGUCGACCACUAACAGCAUCGCCCAGGCCAGGAAGGUGGUGGAGCAGCUGCGGGUCGAGGCAGGAAUCGAGCGCAUCAAGGUGUCGAAGGCAGCAGCCGAGCUCAUGAGCUACUGUGAGCAACAUGCCCGCAGUGACCCCCUGCUGGUUGGAGUGCCCACAUCAGAAAAUCCUUUCAAAGACAAAAAGCCUUGCAUCAUCCUAUAGGAGCGUUCUUGAUGCUUUGAUGCCCAGUCAACCUUAAACGUUGCCCAGCAGUGGGCUUGUCACAGUAUGACCUUAAAUUUUAAAAGAAAAACACUCAUAACUUAAACACUGAGCUUUAGGGAACAUCUGAUCCUGGCAUGGAGCAAGCAGCCAAAUUUGAAAGUAAUAUGACAGUAUCUCAUGCUCUCUCUUUGUAUUACAUAAGUAAUUGAUGAAAUGAUAAGUGUAACAGAUAAUGGUAAUGUUAAAAAAAUGAUGCUCUCCAUCAGUUUUUCUAGUAUAGUUUUCAUGAAGGAUUUAGGAUUUUGAGGGAUUUUGAUGAGGCUGGAACAUAUGGAAUAGAAUGACUGAAGAUGCAGUGCCCAGUUCCUCCUGCUGACUGAUUAGCUGGCUAGUUCAGUUGGUGCAUAGUUUGGAUUCUUAGUACAGUCUUUCUUUUCGUUUAUACAUCAUAAAUCUUUUGUCUUGUUUCCGUUUUUACUGCUAUUUACACCAAAGAGUAAAGUCAACAGGUUUACUUGAAGUUGAUCCUAUCGGGAAGUCUGUUUUGGUCCCGCACCCUGCACUCAGUCUAUUUUAAUCACACUGCAUAUUGAGAUCUGUGGAGUUAUUUAUAAAUCUCUAAUUGCUCCAAUGUUGUGCUUCAUUCCUUCUCAGAAAAAUUUCAUCAGAGUCCGCAGGACUUUAGCAGAUGUUUCCUGCUAGAGUACCUCUGUUUAAUCAAAGGAAACUUCUUGCCAAAUGCCAUAUUACAGCACAGCAUUGAAAGCAUAGCACCUAAUGUCAUUUCUAAAACUACUCAGUGGCUGAUUUGCAGUGUUCAGAUCAAGCAGUAGGUCAAUUCUGGUCCAUGGAAACACACACUGAGCCUCCAAAACACAAGGUCUUUCCAUGAAUCAUCAUUUUGGUACAGUGGUUACAGUUCAGGUUUGUAAUGGAAGGCCCCUUAUAAUGCCAUAAUUUUCAGAUGUCUCACAUAUUGCCAGCAUUUUUCUACUAGAGCCAUUUAAUAGUUUUCUUUAAAUAUUUUGCAUAACAUUUUAACAUUUAACUUUUUCUAUUAGCCAAUCUCAGAGAUCAAUAUCUGCCUUAUUAAAUUAGAAAAAAAAAGAUGUGCAAUAUAUGUAUUAAUGUCAAGCUGCAUUUAAACAUUUUAUUAUAUUGUAAUUGCACAUACUGAAGAAAUGAAGGAUAAAGUUCUAUUUGUUAUGAAUUUUUAGACUUUAGCAUCAUAGUGGUACAAUUAUAUUCAUCAUGUUCGACUGAGGAAUACUAAAGUAAAAUAUCUCAAUGUUUUGUCACCAGUGUAAAUUAUCAACACACUGCUUUGAUCUGUACAAGCAGUCUAGAUCAGCUGGCAAAAGAUCUAUUUAUAUUAAUGUAAUGGUGCCAGUGUCUGUUAGGGUUUUUUUUUUUUUUGUAACUUAUGGUGUCAGAAUUCUUCAUGUUCUCCCCAAGACGUCUUGAGCUGCCCCAAUAAAACCUAAAUGUUAAACUUCAUAUCUGAGGGCUCAUUAACAGUGUGUCUAUUUAAUUUAAAAAAAAAAAAACAUUGACUUGAAUCAGAGAGAUGAUGUAAUUAGUAUUAAAUUUGUGGAGUAACAUCCCUAGCACUCAGUAAAUCAUAUAAAAAAAAAAAUUGCAUUCAGCAGGAAAUAUACCUACCUUUGUACAUACCAUAGCUCAAGUUUACUAUCUGAUUGCAUGAUAAUGUGCUAGCAUUUUUGAUAGAUUUAUGUUUGCGUAUUAAUGGUGGAUUGAAGGAUUUAAUUUUUUUAAAAAUGGUAAAAGUAGAAUGCAAUAAUAUGUUUAAAUAUUGUGUGCAGUUUAAAAAAAACAGUAUUUAUGCAGCUGAUUGAUUUAAUCAGUGACUUAUUACAUGAAGAAGCUUAUGCUUGUGUCCCAACUGCUAGAAUUCUUGUCAUAUAUUCUUAAUAGGAAAAGUGCCCACGUAAGGCAAAUGAUGAUGUAGGGUUGGGUUGGCCACUUAGGAACCAAGAUCAUCAUAAUUUUACAUUAUUCAUUUAAUGUGGAUUCCCCCCCCCCCUUGAUAUUUUUUUUUUUUUUUUUUUUUUUGGAAAAGUUGACAGAAUAAUGGUAGAAGUAGCUUGGAAUGCUAUCUUUUAACUGAUUCUUUAGUUUGCUGGUGACAUCACUAUCAAAAGUGAAAUUAAUAUGUUAUAUUUUAAUGGUCUCUGCUAGAUACCAAAGAGAGACAGUAACCUAUAUAUUGAUACAUAUUAGGAAACCAACCUGACAUAUUUCUUUUGUUAUUUACCUUUAAUAGGUAGCAGUUAACAUGUUAAUCGGCUACCUGACAGCUGAAAAUAAAGCGAGGUGCUAUUUUUUUCCUUUCCUAUAUGGGGUAUGUCUCAUUUAAGGAGAUAUUUUAAUCACGCUCCUUUUGGUCUACUAAAAAUGGCCAACAAAGUAGCCCGUAAUGACUAGUUAGCAUGCUUAUAUAGCGUUUGGGACACAAGUUUUAUGGUCUGCAUGAUGUUCAGAAUACAAGAACAGCGUGUGUGUGUGUGUUGAGUUGUGUAUGCAGUGGCAGCAUGGUCUUCCGGUAACGUCUUCCACGCUUUGUGGAAAAGGAUGUUGGCGACAUGAAGAGCUGCGACUGGAGUACAAUUUUUUUUAAUAGCUUUUAAUGUGAAGUAAAUAUAAAUUGAUGCUAAAUCGGACAGAGAAAACGACCGCGCUCAUGGGACUCCGAACUGGCCCGGUCCUCUUUGAGAUGCUACUGCUAGUUGUACAUUUAUGGAGAAGUAAUGAAGGACAUCCUGAGAACCUGAUACAGUGUAAAAGGAGGCUUUGGAGAUGGGAGCGAAAUGUCAUGCUCGGGAGAAUACGUUCCUGUCGCGUAACGUUGUACUGUGCAAUUGUCCCCGUAGUGGCUGAGAUGCGAUGCUCUGGAACUGUGUGUGAAAGAUGAGGCCUGGGUGUUGAUUAUGUGUUGACGCUUGGAGGGAGAUGGAGAGGUUGCAUAGUGAGAGAGGGAUUUUGUUACCUCACCCAAGUACAGUUUGCUGUAACGUCUGAAAUUUCCUUUGAGGAACUUUAUGCAUAAACACAUUAAUUUAUGGAUUUAAGCGUUGAGACAAAGCAGCAACCCGUCAUGAUUCUACCAGAAUUUUUGGCACAUAAUCCUCCUAAAAAUUUUCAGAAGACUGUACCAUUUACGCUUAACAGUUGAUGGUGUCAGUCAGGACCCUUUGAAAUAAUAUCAAAAAUGUUUUCUGUUCUCUUAGUCAUCGGUAGACUUGUGCAGCUGUGGUAAACAGUGCGAGAUACAUUUCCAGUGUAAAAUGCCAGCCUUUGACCUCUUUGCUGUGUGCUGGGUUGUACUGGUGUGAAAGCCUAUUUGCUUUUGGUACUGGGAAGUUUAACAGAAUUUUAAAAGUACCUCUCAGUUACUCUGAAGGCACAUUUUUAUGACAUGUUAAACCCCCGAUACAAAUAAAUACAUUCAUCACCUUUUCAAUAAUGCCAUAAAUUUCAUUCAGACUUGCUCCAUGAGAAUGGCAGCUGACUGGUGUUGUGUAA